AUGUUCUGUGAGGAAAAUGGAAUUGAGCUUGAGGUUACUGCUCCAUACACUCCUCAACACAAUGUUCUUACUGAAAGAAGAAACGAAACUUUGCUUGAUAUGACAAGGAGCAUGCUGAAGGAGAAAAAGCUCCUUCACACCUUGUGGGGAGAAGUUGUUACCACUGCAGCAUAUGGGCUCAACAGGUGUCCAACCAAGAAGCUGAAAGAAAUUGUUCCAUUGGAAAAGAGGACUGGAGAUAAGCAAAGAGAUUCUGAGUUUGAAGAUGAGUUAGAGUCUGAAGGUGACUCUGAUGCUGAAGAAGAGUCUAACUCUAAAGGUGAAUCUGAUUCUGAUCUAGAUUUUGACGAUGAUCCAGACUCUAGUGGUAAUCAUGCCUCUGAUAGUGGUCAUGCCUCUGAAGGUGGACCAUACUCUGAAGGUAGUCCAACAUCUGAUAUUGUUCCAAUAUCUGAAGAAGAUUUUGAACAAGUUCAGAGACCAUAA